AUGGCGACAUUUACACAUGUUGAUGUGUCCAUGAAACGUGAGCCUGGACUCUAUGCUUAUUCCGCUCACUAUCGGAACACUGAGCACUUGCAGGGCAACCAUGACAGCCAGGCGAGCUUAAGACGAAUUGCAGACUCAGCAGCGAACCUGUGCAAGAUGAACUCUGAGGACAAGUUGGACGGCAUGCUGUUCAAGUGCAGCAGUGCAGGGAUGGACGUGGGCGGGCGUGUGGGGCUGGGCGGUGCGGGCGGACUGGUGGUGAUGACGCUCGGGGAGCGCUCGCUGGCGGACCACCCGCUGUUGGCGGAAGACGAGGACGAAGAGGAGGACUUGACCGUAAGCUCUCUGGUGACUCACGACCUGGUACCUCCCGAGCAGCUGAUGAUGCAGGAGAUGUCCAAGACCGGCGGCGGGGGCGAGGAGGAGGGAGCAGGCGAGGUGGGCGUGCACUUCCCCCUCAAGCUCACCCAUAAGUUGCCCUGCUUGCCUCUCAACAUUAAGCAAGAAUUAAAACUGACUGAGUCACCAGUGCAGAUAAAGAAGGACAAAAAAGCAGUCAAGGAUCUGAUCAUUUGUCCCAAGAAGAAGAAAAGGAAACAACACUCACCAGCAAAGAUCCUCAGCAUUAAUGACGACGGUUCCUUUGGCAUUCAGAACCCCAAGUGCCACGUGUGUGUUCACUGUAACGCAGCCUUCAGAACCAACUACCAUCUACAGAGGCACGUCUUCAUUCACACCGGUGAGAAACCGUUCCAGUGCAGCCAGUGUGACAUGCGCUUCAUUCAGAAGUACCUUCUCCAGAGGCACGAGAAAAUUCACACCGGCGAGAAGCCUUUCCGCUGCGACGAGUGUGGUAUGAAGUUCAUCCAGAAGUAUCACAUGGAGAGACACAAGAGGACACACAGUGGAGAGAAGCCCUACCAGUGCGACUACUGUCACCAGUACUUCUCCAGAACUGACCGUGUUUUAAAGCACAGAAGAAUGUGCCAUGAAAACCGAGACAGAAAGACCAACAAGGCUGGCAAUAAAAGUGUAGCACUACACGAAGCCGACUCUUUAAGCCCCUUCCUCACCAAAGAGUGCGUAUUGCCCAAGAAGAAGCGGCAAAAGUGUGCAGACAAGUCCGACAGUUCAGGCUCCUCCACGGCCGCCCAAGCAGAAGUGCUCAACAUGAAAGAAACUGAAAUGAAAGAGGAACACAGAAAAACUAAAUGUGAAGUUCUGCCUCUGUUCGCGGUGUCCUCCAAAGUUAAACAUGAGUACGUGAUUGGAGAGUACUCUGUGGAGCUUCCAGAAGAAAGUACCAGCCAACACCAAGAUGGAGACUUGUCACCGGAGGAGGCAGCAACCCCUAAACUGGUCCUGAAGAAGAUAUCUAAGAGGAGCCUGAAACAAUCCGGCGAACAAGCUCCUUGCCUGGCCACGCUGUCCUCCUUCGAGGACAACAAAGUCACACAUUAUACCUUUGAAAUUGUUGACAAGCAAGGCCUUUUAGACGAAGUCAGCAACACAGAAUCAGUUGAAACUCCGGUGAAACCGGCUACCAGCAGCACAAACUAUGACGACGCCAUGCAGUUUCUCAAGAAGAAACGCUACCUUCAAGCGGCGACGGCCAACAGCAGUCGGGAUUACAGUCUGAACACGAGUACUAUCGCUUCUCAGCCGACCGUUACUCACACGGUGGUGUCGGCAGUCAUUGACGAAACAGUCCCUGCUACCAUUCUGGGACCUCAGCUGAUUAACGCCGAGAUAAAAGCGACGCAUGACAGAAAUGUGUUGCCUGACGAGGUUCUUCAGACUCUGUUGGACCACUACUCCAACAAAGCUAAUGGCCAUUCAGACAUUUCCUUUAGCGUGGCAGAUGCGGAAGUUACCUCAAGCAUAUCUAUUAAUUCCUCGGAUGUUUCGGACAGCAGUCCUGCUGAGAGCCUUGGAGCUGCCAGUGUUCAAACUCAGCCUCCGGCGGAGAAGUCCAGUCUCUUGCAAGAAUAUUCCAAAUUUCUCCAGCAGGCGCUGGAAAGGACCAGCCAGAACGACAGCUACCUGACCAGCCAGAGCCUCAGUUUAGUCACGGAAAACCCCACCUUAGCCGGACAGCCUCUGUUCUCCACCGAGAAACAAUUUCCUUCCCCCAGUAGGUUCAAAUCAGGGACAAGUUCCCCAUUACGAUCCACAAUAGAGAAACCUCAGUUCGGAUUACUGGUCGGGGAUUCCCAGCACUCAUUUUCAUUUUCAGGUGAUGAGACCACUCCCCCUUCCACAGUGUCCCCUUCGGAGGAGGACUUCCUUGAACAGGUCUCGCCUUCCAAAAAGACGGACUCCUCUCAAGGGAUUCUGCAGACUUUUCAAAUAGGCACAUUCGAUCCAAACUUCAAGUCUCACUUCCAGACCUCCAGAUCUGGUUCCUCUUCACAGUUUACAGGUGCCAAUGGACAAGUAAGUCUACGCGGACACAGCACAGACUUCUCAGAGUUUCCUUUAGUCCGAGUCACUGAGACAAGGUCCCAACUGAAUUCCUCCCCGGAGGUUUCAUCGGGUGAAACCUUUGAUUGAGGAGAAGACUCUGGGUUUUGUUCAUUCUUCAUUUCUGCAGCACUUUAUCCCAUUUCAUCUGUUUUGCCAAAACACAUCCCGUGGAAUUCAGAUAGUUUAAGUACGUUGGGAGAAAAAAGGCUCUUCUUGAACUAGUACAUUGAAAAAUUGGCAGUUCCCCUUUAAAAAAUGUUUUUCAUUUGCAUCGAGAGAUUAACCAACCAAAGCGUAAUUUUCAUGCCAUAUUGCACAGGUGUCUAACUCCAGACCCGAUGAAAUUGCAUACAGUAAGAAGCAAUAUUGCAACAAAUAUUACAGUAUAUCAUAAUACCUUCUAAACAUUCUUUUUUUGUCUAAACAAAAUCCAAUACUGAAAUAUUGGUUUGACCUAUGAUUUCAAAGCAUGGUAUUCAUCAAAUUGUUCACUUUGAAAAUGACAAUAGAUUUCACAGUAAAAUGUACAGUGUUUUUUACAGCGUAUUAAUGAAAAUUGAAAAAACUCCUACGGGUUUUUUACGGUACAAUUCCGUCGACUGAGCUACCGGGGUUUUUUUCAACCAUAAAAUAUACGGUUGUUGUUUUUACGGUGUAUUACUGUAAAUGGAAAACGGUACCACAUUUUUUUCCAGUUGCCAGAAUUAAAUAAAAAACUGGUACUGUUUUUUCAGUUAAAGUUAAAGUACCAAUGAUUGUCACACAAACACUAAGUGUGGCAAAAUUAUUCUCUGCAUUUGACCCAUCACCCUUGAUCACCCCCUGGGAGGUGAGGGGAGCAGUGAGCAGCAGCGGUGGCCGCGCUCGGGAAUAAUUUUUGGUGAUUUAACCCCCAAUUCCAACCCUUGAGGCUGAGUGCCAAGCAGGGAGGUAAUGGGUCCCAUUUUUAUAGUCUUUGGUAUGACUCGGCCGGGGUUUGAACUCACAACCUACCUAUCUCAGGGCGGACACUCUAACCACUAGGCCACUGAGUAGGUAUUACAUUACAUUUACAGUAACAUGUUAAUUUUACAGUAAAAUUCUGGCAACCAAGCUAGUUUUUUCCUGUAAAAAAACAAAACAGUGGUGCUGUUUAUCUAUUUACUGCAAUACGUUUGGAAAAAAAACACUGUAUAGUACAUUUCUGGUGGUUGAGUUGCCAGAUUUUACUGUGAAAUCAAAAAAAAAAAUUGCACAGUGUUCUUAAAGGCCUACUGAAAUGAAUUUUUUUUUAUUUAAACGGGGAUAGCAGAUCCAUUCUAUGUGUCAUACUUGAUCAUUUCGCGAUAUUACCAUAUUUUUGCUGAAAGGAUUUAGUAGAGAACAUCGACGAUAAAGUUCGCAACUUUUGGUCGCUGAUAAAAAAAGCCUUGCCUGUACCGGAAGCAGCGUGACGUCACAGGUUGAAAGGCUCCUCACAUUUCCCCAUUGUUUACAAUGCAGCGUGAGCGAUUCGGACUGAGAAAGCGACGAUUACCCCAUUAAUUUGAGCGAGGAUGAAAGAUUUGUGGAUGAGGAACGUGAGAGUGAAGGACUAGAGUGUAGUGCAGGACGUAUCUUUUUUCGCUCUGACCGUAACUUAGGUACAAGGGUUCAUUGGAUUCCACACUUUCUCCUUUUUCUAUUGUGGAUCACGGAUUUGUAUUUUAAACCACCUCGGAUACUAUAUCCUCUUGAAAAUGAGAGUCGAGAACGCGAAAUGGACAUUCACAGUGACUUUUAUCUCCACGACAAUACAUCGGCGGAGCUCUUUAGCUACGGAGCUAACGUGAUAGCACAUCGGGCUUAAAUGCAGAUAGAAACAAAAUAAAUAAACCCCUGACUGGAAGGAUAGACAGAAAAUCAACAAUACUAUUAAACCAUGGACAUGUAAAUACACGGUAAAUGCUUUCCAGGCUGGCGAAGCUUAACAAUGCUGUUGCUAACGACGCCAUUGAAGCUUACUUAGCAACGGGACCUCACAGAGCUAUGCUAAAAACAUUAGCUAUCAACCUACGCCAGCCCUCAUCUGCUCAUCAACACCCGUGCUCACCUGCGUUCCAGCGAUCGACGGAGCGACGAUCAUAGAUGCGGCCCAGAGACGGAGGAAGUCAAGGUGAGGUCGGCGGCUAGCGCGUCUGCUAUCCUUCUCAAAGUCGUCCUGGUUGUGUUGCUGUAGUCCGCCGCUAAUACACUGAUCCCACCUACAACUUUCUUCUUUGCAGUCUUCAUUGUUCAUUAAACAAAUUGCAAAAGAUUCACCAACACAGAUGUCCAGAAUACUGUGGAAUUUUGAGAUGAAAACAGAGCUUUUUGUAUUGGAUUUAAUGGUGUACCAAUACUUCCGGUUCAACGAUUGACGUCACGCGCAUACGUCAUCAUACAUAGACGUUUUCAACCGGAAGUUUAGCGGGAAAUUUAAAAUUGCACUUUAUAAGUUAACCCGGCCGUAUUGGCAUGUGUUGCAAUGUUAAGAUUUCAUCAUUGAUAUAUAAACUACCAGACUGCGUGGUCGGUAGUAGUGGCUUUCAGUAGGCCUUUAAAAAAUACAUAUAAUAAUCAAAUACAAAGGCAAAUUCCUAUACAGUAGGGAAGGGAUUCAUAUGGCCCCAUUCCUGGGUGGAUCUCACGCAAAAGGAAGAGGCAAUGCAGUCUGCUGAAAAUGAUGGAAAGCGCCACUCUACAUAGCAACUGACGCUGUGGGCAAAGUUGGAAUUGCCACCAAACACAUUUUAAAGAUAUUUAACACUCUACUACCAUCUGGCGGCUAAAGUGGAUAGUGCACGCCCCCAAUUUGUCACAUUUCAUGUGUCAGGUAAACCGCAAUGAAAGGGGCCAUAUGGGUUCCUUCCUACUGUGUUAUACACCCCUGCCAUAUUUAUUUAUGUCCAUCCAUUCUGCUUCCUCUCACAUACAAACAACUGUUUUGCUGCUAGCUACCUCCCCUUGCUUUGAAGAAACAAUGAAGUGCAAAAAUUCAACUCUGAAAUAUUCCAAUUCUAGUUUUUUAGUUGCCUCCUGGGAUGACACCAUGACUAUGAAACUGUAUAUCUUUUUUUUUUUUUACUGCCACUUUACUGUUGCCUGAAAAGCGUGUCGUCAUUUUUGUAUUUUUAGUUGAGAAGGAGGCUUGCCUUUAAUCUGGAUUCUUGAACAUGAGCAGAAUUUUGGAUUGGAUGUGAAAAAAAUAGAGACCCCGUUUUUCUGUUUUUUUUUUUUGGUAUUGCCAAAUAGAAGGUCGGAACAAAUCUGAAAGGAUUAUAGAAGCCCCCCUUCCCGUUACCAUAAUUGGUCGGCACACUUCUAUGUAAGUGGGAUGUAGUGAAAUGACUUAAAAGGGUUGUGCUCGAUGUUUGCACAAUUUGCACAUUUUUCACUACAAAAAGAAUGUAGUACUUGCAAUCACAAUGCAGGAACGCGGCGCACCGGGAAGUAUUCACAGCGCUUCACUUUUUUUCCAUAUUUUGUUAUGCUACAGUUAGAAUAGAUAAUAUAUUUUUGUCCUCAAAAUUUUACACACAAUACCCCAUAAUGACAAUGUGAAAGGGUUUUUCACCAAACACUAAACAGGUGUGUCAUUGUUUGUGCUAUGGCGCCAUCUUUUGGAUGAGUUCGCUCACUAUUGGUGCUGCAGUGUCCUUCCAUUUGGUGCUUUCAACCGGAAGUAGAAGUGUCGUCUAGCCGUCCAUAGCGUUUCUACUUGAUGGAUUCUUCAUUCAUCACUCCGGGCAACAUUUUUAAGUUUUACAAUAUAACCAAAACAAUUCUUACUUGCUAAACCGUCCCAUGUGUGAGUAUUUUCAUGCAUAUUUGUAUGUGCUAUCGUAAUGUAAACAAGCUAGCGUCUUUAGCAUUAGUUAAUAAGCUAACGCGUUUACAUGUGUCAGUAUUAUUAACUAACAAUGGCAUUUUUUUAAUAUUGUUUCAGUUUUCACAAAUUCCUCAGUAAAUUCACCAAAACGUCAACGUAGAGUUACCGAGUCUGUUUAGUUGAUUGGAGAGCGAGCUUCCGCAGCUAGUGGGUCCAUGACCGUAACUUCUGUUUUGUUUGAUCAGCCGUUUUACUGCUGUGUUACAGACACCGUUUGAAAACAAAGUAUGUAAACAAACAUUUACAGAAUAUUUCUGUGUAAAUAACUAAUUUCACACUGUAUAUAACUGUGGCUUAUAGUCUGGUGCGGCUAAUGUGUGUGUGUCUGUGUAUAUGUAUAUAUGUGUAUGUAUGUACGUAUGUGUAUAUAUAUAUAUAUGUAUAUGUAUACAAACCCCGUUUUCAUAUGAGUUGGGAAAUUGUUUUAGAUGUAAAUAUAAACGGAAUACAAGGAUUUGCGGCCCUGCGAUGAGGUGGCGACUUGUCCAGGGUGUACCCCGCCUUCCGCCCGAUUGUAGCUGAGAUAGGCUCCAGCGCCCCCCGCGACCCCGAAGGGAAUAAGCGGUAGAAAAUGGAUGGAUGGACAAUGAUUUGCAAAUCCUAUUCAACCCAUAUUCAAUUGAAUGCACUACAAAGACAAGAUAUUUGAUGUUCAAACUCAUAAACUUUUUUUUUUUUUUGCAAAUAAUAAUUAACUUAGAAUUUCAUGGCUGCAACAUGUGCCAAAGUAGUUGGGAAAGGGCAUGUUCACCACCGUGUUACAUGGCCUUUCCUUUGAUGAUAUUACGGAGCGUAGAUGGUGAAAUCCCUAAAUUCCUUGCAAUAGCUGGUUGAGAAAGGUUUUUCUUAAACUGUUCAACAAUUUGCUCACACAUUUGUUGACAAAGUGGUGACCCUCGCCCCAUUCUUGUUUGUGAAUGACUGAGCAUUUCAUGGAAUCUACUUUUAAUACCCAAUCAUGGCACCCACCUGUUCCCAAUUUGCCUGUUCACCUGUGGGAUGUUCCAAAUAAGUGUUUGAUGAGCAUUCCUCAACUUUAUCAGUAUUUAUUGCCACCUUUCCCAACUUCUUUGUCACGUGUUGCUGGCAUCAAAUUCUAAAGUUAAUGAUUAUUUGCAACAACAAAAAAAUGUUUAUCAGUUUGAACAUCAAAUAUGUUGUCUUUGUAGCAUAUUCUACUGAAUAUGGGUUGAAAAUGAUUUGCAAAUCAUUGUAUUCCGUUUAUAUUUACAUCCAACACAAUUUCCCAACUCAUAGAAACUGGGUUUGUAUAUACAUGCACACACACAAAUAUAUAUAUAAAUAUAUAUAUAUACAUAUAUAUAUAUAUAUACACACA